AUGAAGAGGGAGGACAUCAGUCCGAUCCGUGUGCGCAAGGAUCAUGACUUCUAUGACUGGGAUAGUUACUUGAACAUGUAUUGGGCCCCUGUGAAACUGGUAUCAGAGAACCAUUGCUUCGAGGUUGAUGCAACAAGGAGCAUGCACCAUAUGUUUGUGAGAACCUUCGAUGGUACCAGAGAAGAUCCUCAGUUACUGACAAGGUUGAAGCAUCGUCCAACCAACUGGAGGAAGGCUAUCAAGAGUGGGGAUUGGACGUGCUUCAAAGAACCAGUUGGUUUCGAAGGUUCUCCUACUCUCCUUACCCCUCCUGGCAUUGCCGACAUCAAGUGGGUGGAGUUGUAUGACAAAUGGAGGCCACUCAUUCCACCAGAAAGCAGAACCAUCAAGUGGUUUAACGAGGAUCCUGGCCUAGAACGUCGGAACAAGGUUAGUUCCAACUCAGAGGCAGCGAGAGCAACAAGAGCCGCACGCACAAAGACAAAGGUGUCAGCGGCAGAAGCAGCUAGAAUGGCCACAGCAGCCACAGUGGAAGCUAGCUAG